AUGCAAAUUUUUUUUCUGCUGCUUACUUGGACAUGUGCUGUACUCUUCACACAAAAAGCUUCAGGAUCACCUCCAGGACCGAUACAUGCCCCACUGGAUAUAAUUUCAUUAGAAGACAUAACACCUGAAGAAAGGAAGGAAAUAGCAUAUUUCGAACAAAAGCUAGGACGACCCAAAAGAUCAGGGUCAGGUUCUGGAGAUAUUCUCAAUGCAUUGAAAAAUGCAAUUGGACAAGGCAUCAAACGAAAAGUCGGCCAGAUCGCUAAAGCCUCCGCGUCAGCUUCAGGUCAUUUCAGCAGUAGUAGUAGCAGUAGUGGUGGUGGAGGACACAGCUAUCUUCCCCCAGAACACGCACAUGAGAGCUACGAUGAUCACAAAUCGGUUGACUUUUGGACCUUGAAAAAAUCAAUUCUCAACACGUUGCUGCAGGCAGUGAAAGCCAUCAAAGGCGGUGUGAUCGCCGUUAAAGGCCAACUCAUCAAAGGAAGUGGAAAAUUAUUAUCUGCAAAGGGAAAACUGAUAAGCUACAAAGGGGACGCAAUUACCAAACUGGGGAAAAAUAUAGCGACCUCUGCCAUAUUGGUCCCAUAUAAUGGCCACCAUUCAGCAGGACACGAAGAUACACAUUAUUCCGCUCCCAGUGCACCCGAAGAAAUAUAUGAUGGACCUCCAUCUGCUUCAGGUCCCGAAUAUCAUGAUUAUCAUGUUCCAUACAAUUAUCCUCCACCGCAUCAUGAAGGAGCAGACGGCUUACUAAUUGUCAAGAAAAUUCCAAGUGGACACCACCAUCAACACGUAGAAAAUGUACCUGCUUUCAAACCACUCAAGCCUUCUGGUCCUGGCUUAGGCACCAUUGUCAGUAAAUUUUUCGCGGCUUCCUCUUCUUCUAAUCCACAUCAGCCAGAACCGUUUGGUAAUACAGCAAGCGCAGGUACAUAUUACAAUUCAUACGAGCCUGAGUCGAACUAUCAUUAUGAUGAUCCAUGGGACAAUAAAGUGGCUCCAUCCGCAGCUUCUGGAUUAGUUACUCUUGGGGAAAAGCAUGCGAUUAGUCAACAAAAACCUGUCCAUCCAACAACAAGCUACGGUGAACCUUUCGAAAAGGCCCCUAGUUAUUUGAGUCAGAAUUUAGAUGAUUUUUCCACAGCAGCUUCUCAUAAUAGUCCAAAACUCAUACAAUCAAAUAUUCAAAAAAAUAAUGCCUUCGCAUCAUCUACUUCAGUUGGUAGCGGUAAAACAAUUUCUCAAAAUGGUUUUGGGAGCCCUCAAGACUCAAACUUCAUAACUUCCAACAAUACCCCUCCAUUUGAUGAAUCUCUUUCAUCAAGCCAAGGUUUUGGCUUCAGCUUCUUGGACAAUUCCUCUGACGAUCAAUAUUCAUUGAAUAGUGGACUCAGAGUUGAACAAUUACAACCGACAUCUGAUCAGGUUUCUUUCCAAAAUGAUAUACAAAGUCCAACUGACAAUUCUUACCCUGCAAGUUCUAGCUAUCUGUCCCUUUCGAAAGGUAGCCAAUUACCUAAUAUAGCUGAUUACCCUGAUGGAUUUCCUGGACAUGUAGGCAUCAAAGUGGAAGAGUUCUCUAACCACCUUCAUCGUCAAUACUACCAGCACUUCGAUCCAUACUUCGACUGAAGGAAAACACCAUGUUGAAAAUGGGAGUUUGGUAUCAUUUCCACCAUAUCAACUUAGGUAUUCAUGGUGGCGUCAACUCCAAGAAUUAUGAUUUCUUUUAUUUAUCUACAUUUUGCGGUGUAAUGAAAAUCCCGCGGCGAAUUUGUAGAAAUAAUUCCAGUUAUUUAUAAUUCUGAUUUGAUUUUUACGUUGUUGUGAAAGUAUUGAAAUUCUAAAUGGGGUGAACUAGGAGUAUUAGUAACUAUUUAACUUGAAUCUAUUUUGAUUCCGGCUGAAAUCUGAUUCCAGAUAAAAAGUUUUAUCAAAAAAAUUAAAAUUCAAUAAUCUGUAUUCAAUAUUAUAAUGACAAUUACAUUUCCAGGAUUCUGUAUCCUUUUAUUUUAUGGGGUCAUAUUCGAAUUGACGCACUUGUUCGCAGUUGAAUUCAUUCGUUAGAUAUGAAUCAUUAACAAAGGUAAUAUAUUAUAAUGUUUAUCUUUUCAAAUUUAUUUUGAUUGAGAUCAUUUCAAAAUGGAGACGACUGUUACCUACAUUAGUCAUUUCAAUAUUUCAUAUGUUAUUUAUUAUUAGAUAGAAGAAGAU